AGUGUGGAUGCCGUAGUCGUCACGAUGACCACCCAUGAAGUGGAGGCAGACUAUAUGGAGCCGACAGAUGGUAAAGAAAACAGCCCUGUCUCGUCAUGCCCAACAUUGCUGUCCACGGUGUCUGGAAAAAGGUUUCAGUGUUUCCGCCUAAUGUGCAGAAAAGAAUGGGGAGCCCUACCCCCUAAACUCCGAGAGCCCAUGAAAGUACCAUCUAACAUGGUAAUAAUCCAUCACACCGCAAUGGACUCCUGCCUUGAGUCGUCAUCAUGCAUCGAGCAACUGCGGCAGAUACAGCGCCUCCACAUGGACACAAAUGGCUGGAAUGAUAUUGGUUACAAUUUUUUGAUUGGACAGAACGGCAUGGUGUAUGAAGGGAGAGGCUGGGGCAUUGAAGGGGCUCACGCCAAGAAUUACAACAAUGUGGCUUUGGGAAUUGCAAUUAUGGGCAACUUUGAGAAUGAAUUCCCAUCUUUGGCGUCGCUGUCGUCUGUUCAGAAGGUGCUCCAGCAUGGUGUGCUUUUGGAUUUUCUACACCCUGAUUUUAUCUUAAAGACGCAUCGUAAUGUGAGCAACACAAAGUGUCCUGGGGAAAAUCUAUAUAAUAUUAUCAAGAAUUGGCCCAAUUUUGCACCAUAAAAUAGAGGAAAGUCACUUGAUGAAAUACGAAAAUUGAUUAAACAUACAAUCAUUAUUAAUGGUGAAGCUUAAGGCAGGGUAAAGUGGUAGGGUGGUGCUGAUCAGACUUGUACUGUUGAGCUUCAGUCGUAGCAAAUGGUUGUUGGCAGCUGUUGUGCUGUAAUGAAUCAUUAGAAUCUCCAUUGUCAAUUUACACCAAAGAAUUCUGGGAAGCGAUUGGAUUCUUGUUUGUUUCAUCAAACUGAAGUGAUACCACCUGUACUUGAGAACAGGUUAUGCACCUGAAGCUAAGCAUGUUUGGGCCUGGACAGUACUUGGAUGGAAGACCAUCUAGGAAAAAAGCUGGGGUUGCUGCUGGAAGAUGUUUUGGUGCUUGGUUUGUGUGUGGAUCCCAAAGCCCCCAGUGUCAUGGCAGGGACUCUGCACAUUUAUAACUGGAGCUGCCCUUCUAAUGAGACAUAAAACUGAGCUCCUUACUCAACUGUGGUCAUAACACAUCCCUGGGGGUCUUUAAAAAAAGAGGGUAGGGUGUGUCUGGAACUGCUGACUAAAUUGCACACCAUGGCCUGGUCAUUCUACCCCUCUAAUCAUUCCCCCAUUCACCACCUAGUAGCUAAUGUAUUGGCAUUAAAAUGGCUGCCAUCACAUCUUCCAGGUGGAUGCUGCACAUUGGAUGUGAUUGAAGUGGCUCCCCACCGUCGAUGUCAGGGCUACUCAACUGUGAUCCUGGUGGUCUGCAGUGGGUCACAAUUAGAAGCCAGGCCUAGCAGAUAAUGAGAUUAAUUAUAUGACUUGUUAGUGCUUUCAAGACAAGUCUUUAUCACGUUGUAUAUUUUUCAUUUUCCAAGAACAUUAUCCAUAUGUUUUAAGGUCCAGAACAGAUUUGUACCUCUUGGUCUCUCUGAUUCUCUCUCUGAUUUUCUUUCAAAACUUUGUAUUACCACAGUAACUUCAUGGAGCGUACACAGCUGUAAAUGGAAAUAUGUUAGCUGGAGAGCUGCUGGUUCCUUUGUCAUCUGCACCUCAUUAUUAACUGAUGGCGGAUUAAGAAAACUGGAAACAGUUAAAACCCCAAAUGCCGCUGUGUAAAACUAAAAUAGGCAAAUAAGGGUUCUGAAUUGUAAAAGGAAAGCUAACUAAAACCAAGACCAAAAAUAAUGCUUUAUUAGUAAAUAAAAAGGUUCAAAUGAAAAAACUGGUUAAAGCAAAAACCUGCAGCCACCAUGGAGCUCAAGGAGCGGAGUUAAGCACCCCUGGGUUUAUUUAAAGUGUUUCGAGUAGCUAGGGAAGUGCUACAUUUUAUAUAUACAUAAUGUGUGUGUGUGUGUGUGUGUGGCAGACAGCCGGCAGCUUAUCCCGGCCAGGAUGCCCCUGAAGUGGAAGGAUGGGGGAAGGCAACAUUUUCAGGACACUGCCUCCCCCAAAACGCUAGAUGGCAGCUCCCCUAGAGUGUAGCUGUGCCCCAGAUUCCCGCAGGGCAUCAUGGGACUUGGAGUCCGGUUUCUCAGCCCUAUUGGGUGCCGUGGAUGCCGCCAGGGGGAACUACGAAUGGACCUGGGGAGUUAUGCUUUCCUUGCAGCCCGGAAAUCAUGAAGACGGAAGCCCCACAGUACUUCCGGGCUGAUUUAAAGAGUUAGGAUUCUCCAUCUGACCCGGAAGUGCUGUCCAAUCGUGUGGGAGGAAGAACGGAUCAAGGUCAAGGACUAUAUAAAAGACUGAUGGAGACGCAGCAAGUGAUCCAGAGCUGGGAGGAGUGGAGGAGAGAUGUGUGUAAAUUAUUUUGAUUAUUGUUGUUUAUUUACUUGUUUAUGGUGGUGGUAGUGCUUAAAAGGCCCUUUUGAAGAAGGAGAAAUAAUUAAAUCAGCUUCUUCAUGCUUUUAUCCUGUGUCUGCGUAUUUGUCUGAUGGGUUUAACGGGGCGACAGUGACCCCUGGUGUUCACAAUAUAUAUAAAAGAAAAUAUGGAGUCACAAUGGAGAUCUGGUUUAACACACAGAGAAGUGGAUAGUCAGUCAGUCAGUAGUCAUCAUCUAACCCGCUAUAUCCUAACACAGGGUCACAGGGGUCUG